GUCAAAGAAACGUCGGGAGUCACAGCUGCCGACGUCUUAGGAAGCGACGCCCCCUCCUCAUACGCAACUUGGCGAUACUCAAACCUCGUUGCUUUGGGUAUCGUGGAACCAAAAAAACCGGAGGCUUCAGAGACGAAUCAGCUCGAAGAAGCUACAGUAUUUGACAUGUAG